CCAAGAAUUUGGCAAGGGCACCGAAUAGCUGGUUUAACAGAGAGCUUUGAUAGCCAAAAAGAAUAUAUAGUGCUUGAAAAACUCUGGAAAUAUAAUCAAGCAAUGCUCACCUUAGUAAAGAGAGCAAAGAAGCAAUUAGUAAUUAAACCAACACAAGGUAGCUGGAGAACCAGAGAUAUAGGUAGAACAAUAUGUAGUAUAAUAGGAAAAAAAGCUUUUAUACAGUGUGCAAAGAUGCUAAAAUCAUUAGAUCUAAUAUUUAUCGAACAGCUCUUGGAUAUGCAAGAGAAGCAGAUAAUCACGUGGCAUUAUCUUAAACGAGUCAAAGAAAAAUCUAGUAAAGGAAAAGUUCCAAUCUGGUUUAAGUCAAUUGAGAAUCAGAUGAUUACUAACUUUGAUACAAGAGAGAUAAAGCAAGAUCUGCAAACAAGUAGUACAAACAAGUUAGCAUUAAUAUCCCAAAGAGUAAAGGUCUCAGAAGACAAAUGUAAACUCGAUUGGAUACUAGUUAACAACAAAGAGAACGAGCCAGGCAUUCGAAGAGUAAUUAGCAAGAGCAAAGAAGGAUUUCAUACAGAGAAGUGGUUAAUUAGUAAAGAAGAGAAAGUAUUGCAAGGAUUUAGAAAGCAAAAUAGUAGUUGGGUUCUUGAUAUGACACAAAGCUCACUUAAAGAAAUUAGGAAAAACAAUAUUGAUCUAGAGAGAACUAGUAAGAGGGAAAUAGAUAAAGGCUUAUAUAGUUUAGAACACGCAAGCCUGACAGAUACAGUUUAUAUAAAUAGGUUAGAGAGAGACUAUAUUAAAAAACAAAGGUUUAGUGAAUAUUGUGAUGGGUUAUUAUUAAAUCAACUAGAUAGAAAUAUAGAAACAGACCAAAAAAACAGCCUUAUUGAAAUCCCAACAAGAAAUUUCAUCAAAGAACUCGAAGAUACAAGAAGUGCAGCAGAAUGGAGAAUGUUAAGUACUCGAACUAAGAGACAACAUAUAGAACAGACCCAUUGGUAUAAAAUUGAACAAGCAGCAAUUGAAACAGUACAAGCCCUUAUAAGCGAAUCUGAGAGAAGAGGGAAACUACGAACAAGUGAACUCCAGAAAUAUUUAUUUGGUGAAAUGUACAAAGAGCAAAAAGAACGAAGAGAAGGCUACACUCAGGGUCUAUUUAAAAACACAGUUAUAGAAGAGCUUAUCAACCAAAGCUUAACAAAAAGAGAAGCAGAUCUAGCUUUAAAUGCACAAAAAUUAGAAAAAAGGACCAAAGGACAGGAUAAAAAGAAGAUUAACAGGAAAAAAAGAAAAGAAAAGGCAGAACCGCAGAAAAAUUCCUAUCAGAAGAGUAAAAAACUGCCUAACUCUAAAGAAGCCACAUUACAGAAAGUUAAAGAUAGAAAAAAAACUACAAAUAGAAGAAUAGAUGCUUUGAUAUGUCUUGAUAAACUUCUUAAAGGAAUUGAUGAUUCUUUAGUUGAAGAAGUUUGGGAAUGGAGUUGUUUGUCGUUAUUGGUUUGUGUUUUCUUGCAAUCUGAAAAG